AUGGAGUCUGCGACACCAUCACCUCCGUCGGCACUGACAAGGCUCAACGCCUACGUAGCCAAGAGCCGUGUGGGCAAGCGGUUUAAACUGAACGAACGCAACACCGCCUUCACCACCGAGCUCCGAGCCGGCACCGCCACCUUCCUCACCAUGGCUUACAUAUUAGCAGUCAACGCCUCCAUCCUCUCCGAAUCCGGCGGAACUUGCUCCGUUUCUGACUGCAUCACCCUCUGCUCCGAUCCCAAUCUCUCUCCUACCAACUGCACCGGACCCAAUCUCCGACUCAUCCCACCUGACGAGUCCUGCAAAUUCGAUCCUGUCAAUCCUGGCUACACGGCCUGCAUCGAGAAAAUCCGGAAAGAUCUCAUCGUUGCCACCGUAGCUUCGUCUCUCAUCGCUUGUGUAAUUAUGGGAACGUUCGCAAAUCUGCCAUUAGCAUUAGCUCCGGGAAUGGGGACGAACGCUUACUUUGCUUACACAGUGGUGGGCUACCAUGGUUCUGGUAAUGUUUCGUAUAAGAGCGCUUUAGCUGCGGUUUUCAUUGAAGGUCUCAUCUUCCUCCUCAUCUCCGCCGUCGGUUUACGUGCAAAACUCGGAAAACUUGUUCCCAAACCCGUCAGAAUCUCCUCCUCCGCCGGUAUUGGACUCUUCUUAGCCUUCAUCGGUUUACAGAACAACCAAGGCCUUGGACUCAUUGGUUAUAGCUCAUCCACUCUAGUCACCCUCGGGGCAUGUCCUCGGUCUUCACGUGCCAUGUUGGCUCCCGUUCAAUCAUUCGCGAACGGCACCGUUGCUCUCAUUCCCGGCGGUACUGUUUCCGGCGACAUUAUGUGCCUGAAUGGUCGCAUGGAAAGUCCCACAUUCUGGCUCGGAAUCGUCGGCUUUGUUAUCAUCGCGUAUUGCUUAGUGAAAAAUAUCAAAGGCGCUAUGAUUUAUGGGAUCGUCUUCGUAACCGCCGUCUCGUGGUUUCGCAACACCAAGGUCACAGUGUUUCCGAACACGCCGGCCGGCAACACCUCUUACCAAUAUUUCAAGAAAGUCGUCGACGUUCACAAGAUCGAAAGCACCGCCGGGGCUUUGAGCUUCAAAAGCAUCGGAAAAGCGCAUUUCUGGGAAGCCUUAGUCACUUUUCUCUACGUCGACAUUUUGGACACCACCGGAACUCUGUAUUCCAUGGCUAGCUUCGCCGGAUUUACAGACAUCAACGGCGACUUCGAAGGACAAUACUUCGCAUUCAUGUCCGACGCUUCGGCUAUCGUUAUCGGAUCAUUGUUGGGUACUUCACCGGUGACGACUUUCAUCGAGUCGUCGACGGGGAUAAGAGAGGGUGGCCGGACGGGGUUGACAGCGUUAACGGUGGCGGGCUAUUUUCUGCUGGCGUUCUUCUUCACGCCGUUACUGGCGUCGAUACCGGCGUGGGCGGUGGGACCGCCGUUAAUACUGGUGGGUGUUUUGAUGAUGAGAUCAGUGGCUGAGAUUGACUGGAACGAUAUGAGGCAGGCGAUUCCGGCUUUCGUGACGUUGAUUUUGAUGCCGUUGACUUAUUCCAUAGCCUACGGAUUGAUCGGCGGUAUUGGCACUUACAUUGUAUUGAACCUCUGGGAUUGGGGUGAGGGGUUUUUGAGAAAAUUUGGAAUUCUUGAGGUGCCAAGGAGUAAUGGGGUCAAUGGAGCAAAUAGUCAGAGUAUUAGGGAUGGAAGUAGCAACAAGGCCCUUGAAGUUUAGAUAAUUAUAGAUUAUGUGGUAUUAAAACUUGGAUAAUUUUUUAUGCACCAAAUUUGUGCGCCAAAAGUUACACCAAAUUGACUGCAG